AAAAAAUAUGGUACCUACUCGUUCACUCACCACCAAGAGCAAGUUUCGCAUCCUGUCGCACUCGCCGUUGAUGCUGGUCUGUGACGACUUCCUAAGCGAAGAGGAGUGCAAGCUUCUUGUCGAAGCCGGUGAGGACCUUGCAAUGGCCACGGUUGAGGAUGCAGACUUGCGUGCCACCCUUCAGAUAUCGGGUGGUCUCGCACACGGCUUCGGACCUUUUCGACGUCUGUAUCGCUUACCGGGAUCGCGGAAGCUUCGGGCAGAGUUUGAUUUGUCUCCAGGAACGGCACCAGAGGUGCAUAGUUUAUUGCACCGACUCGAAGGCUCCUUGGCACGGUUAACGGGGUGCGAGUCGCACGAAGACGAGUACCGCUGUGUGCUAAACGUAACACCUGGGCGGCCCGGCGUGCGGGUAUCUGCUGCAGCUUCAGAGAUAUCGCCACAAACUGCUGAUGCAGAAACUAAUGCCGACACGGGGAACGGAGCGGCAGGGGAUACUAAUGAACAUAUAGUCGACGCCGAGCGAGGUGAUGGAGCAGUAGCGCAACGUCAUGUUUCAUCGAGUCUUCUUGAAAACGGUCUCCACAUAGAUACGUUCAACGAUGCGCCUCGUCGUUUCGCAACGGCCAUCUUAUACUUGAACGACCUGCGUCAAGAGCAACAGCAAGGUGGAGAUGUCUUGCAUACGAAGACUGAUGAUGAGUGUUGGGGCCAUACCGUUUUUCCGUUAGCUCUUCGAACGGAAGAGAACAGCCGAUCGUCUGACGAAAAUAGCACGUGUAGUGGAUCGCAUGAUGAGCCUGUUGAGGACCAAAAAGAUGUUGGUGUUGGCAACUAUGACAGGAGUGCAGGAGUGGAAGAUGAAGAAAUAGUACAUGCUGGUCGACGACUGUUGGAACAUCACGGGUUGAUGACGACAGAUCCAGCGGUUUUGGACGAGUAUGAUCCAGAAGAAGAUUCGUUAUGCGGGCGAGAUUUGCGACGGAGCAGCUGGAAUAACUGCGUUGAAAAGCUGGAAGAGCAGGCACACAGAGUGUUGACUCGGGAAGCUGCAGCACGUCUGGACGCACUAAAAUUUCGCGGAAAUGCCACCGAAAACGAUGUACGAGUAGAGACCAGAACUAGUCGUAUUUCUACUUCUCUUGGCGUAGCAGUGCGUCCAAAAGCGGGACGACUGCUCGUAUUUUUUACACGUGACGAGGCAGGGGACGUUGAUUUCCGUUCGUGGCACGGAUCUGCAAUAGUAUGCCCAGAGGCAAAUGAGAAGUGGACUUUGCAAACGUUCAAAGCUGUACAGCAAUGUCACGGCUCUUCUAAAAAUAGAAGCACUACUGGUUCGGACAACACUGGAGGUAGCGAAGCUGAAGGAGAUUCGUCAUGUGUUUUUAGCGAGGAAAUGCUUCUGGAUCAUGAAAAGUAUUGCAAGGAUAGCGCAUCUAAUUUUUGGCGCAACUGUGCAGAAAGAGUAAUUAACGAACCGCCCGAAGUAGAAGUUGCACAGAAAAAAUGCCCUCAGCUUCUGCAUCUUUUCUAGUCAGUGCGCGGGGACGUUCGCUCUUGCCGUGGCGUCUUGGGCGUG